AUGGCGAACUCAAAUCGAUCUGGCACCGGUGUGCCCCAGCUUAACCGCCGUUGGGAGGCUUCUGCUGAGAUUGGCACGUCAGAGACUCUCCCUCCGCUGGCUCACGAUACGGUCUUGACCCCGGCCGGACCUUGGGCAACAGUGAUCAAACGCUACCAGUUCUCAGUCGCCGUCCAAGGGGAACGAUUCAAGACUCCGCUACUUGAGCAGUUGGCUCAAAGACCUUCUCGAUACGAACCGAUCUUGAGAUCUCACUACGCCGGGAAUUGGACACCGAUCGGCUUCAUGCAAGAGAUCAAUGUCAGCAAGGCACGGGUGGAGGCCGUGAGCAUUCAAGUUGUUGGUUUUUUGCAAGAGGUACCAUGUGCUUGUUGCAAAUCCAACUGGGGGGUCUUCGCCCAUUGCAUCCGCGAUACCACUGGGAAAUGUGGUAAUUGCCACUGGCGCCAGAGAGCCUGCUCUCUUGAUGCGGAGACACAGACGCAGACCACACCCAAGAAAAUCAAGCGGAAAACGCUCACUCAGGAGCAACUUCAGAAUGCCAAGCUUGAGAUGCUGACCCUCAUCGAUUUACAAGGAGAACUGAAUGAGCGGGCUCGACAGCUCGAGGCAUCUAUGAAGACAAUCACGGAACGAGUCAUAAGUGUGCAGGACCAGAAGCUCAGAACCAACAUUGCCAUUCGUGCACAGAAUUCUGAUGAGAUCGCCGAAAGAUUUGUUGCUCAAGACGUCGAUCUCGCGAAUUGGGAACAAGCGCUAAGGGAUUUAAUGCAAGAACAUUCAGUGGAAAGUGCCUUGAAUUCAGAAGCCCGGGAACGGUGGGCAGCCUUGGUUCGCAAUUUCAUCUGA